CGGUCAGCUGCCUCGAACCCGCGCACCACUGGGCCCCGCUGCGAAGAAAGGGCCCGAAGCACAAAGGCUCCUCCAAUGGGACGCGUCCUUGAGCGAAAGUUUCCUGUGCUCGUCGCGCGGCUAUGGGGCGACACGCGUCGUGAGAACCUCUGCGUCGCCGCGAGCUCGAGCGCGUGCUGCUGCAAGCGGCGCGCUGCGGACACGUUGUGCGAGCGGUGCGCGGACGCCGCGAGGCGCGAGCGGAGCCAUGGCGCGAGACGGCGCGACCAGGAGCCUGGAGAGCAUCGAGUUGUCCUCCCUCAGGGAUCCGGCCGGGAUCUUCGAGCUCGUGGAGGUGGUGGGCAACGGCACCUACGGACAGGUGUACAAGGGGAGGCAUGUGAAGACGGGACAGCUUGCUGCCAUCAAGGUCAUGGAUGUGACCGAGGAGGAAGAGGACGAGAUCAAGCUGGAGAUCAACAUGCUGAAGACGUAUUCUCACCACAGGAACAUCGCCACCUACUAUGGUGCCUUUGUGAAGAAGAGCCCUGCGGGGCAGGAUGACCAGCUAUGGCUGGUGAUGGAGUACUGCGGGGCGGGCUCAGUGACCGACCUGGUGAAGAAGACCAAGAGCAACUGCCUAAAGGAGGACUGGAUCGCCUACAUCUGCAGAGAGGUCCUGCGGGGCCUCUCGCACCUUCACUCCCACCAUGUCAUCCACCGGGACAUCAAGGGACAGAAUGUGCUGUUGACUGAAAACGCCGAGGUCAAGCUGGUGGACUUUGGGGUCAGUGCCCAGCUGGACCGCACCAUCGGCCGUAGGAACACCUUCAUUGGCACCCCCUACUGGAUGGCCCCUGAGGUCAUCGCCUGUGACGAGAACCAGGAUGCCACCUAUGACUACAGGAGCGACUUGUGGUCCCUAGGAAUCACUGCCCUGGAGAUGGCUGAAGGAGCCCCGCCCCUCUGCGACAUGCACCCUAUGAGAGCCCUCUUCCUUAUCCCGCGAAACCCGCCCCCCAGGCUCAAGUCCAGGAAAUGGUCAAAGAAGUUCCAGACAUUCGUGGAGAGCUGCUUGGUGAAGAAUCAUCAACAUCGGCCGACCACAGAGACGCUGUUGCGUCACUCCUUCAUCAAAGAUCUGCCCAAUGAGCGCCAGGUGCGCAUCACGCUGAAGGACCACCUCGACCGAACUCGCAAGAAGAAGGGGGACAAAGAAGAGACGGAGUACGAGUACAGCGGAAGCGAAGAUGAAGAGGGAGAGAUGAAUGAAGAUGAAGGAGAGCCCAGCUCCAUCGUGAACCUGCCCGGCGAGUCCACACUUAGAAGGGAGUUUCUGCGGCUGCAACAGGAGAACAGGAGCCGCUCAGAGGCGCAGCGCCAGCAACAGGUCCUCCAGCAGCAGCUACGUGACCAAGAGCGCUACAAAAAGCAGCUGCUGGCCGAGCGGCAGAAACGCAUCGAGCAGCAGCAGGAGCAGCGCAGGAGGCUGGAGGAUCAGCAAAGACGACAGCAGCUGGAGGCAGGAUUUCAGUGGCCAGAGCUGCAGGAGAUGCUGUGGAGAGAGGAAGCGGAGGAGGCGGAGGUGGGCAGGAAGAGCAGUCAGGAGGAGAGCCGCAAGCUGUCCGAGGGGCAGAGGAGCGACAGGAAACAGACACAGGCAGACGAGAGGAGACUGAAGAUGGAGGCAGGCGGUAGGCCCGUGGGCGCCCCAGACGAGCAGAGGGUGGCUGUGCCCCCCCAGCAGCAGGGCAGGAAGCUGCACCGCACACUGCCCAAAGACCAGACACAGCUGCUUUCGCUUCAGCACGACCACAGGCACCGACAGCGGGAGCCGCCCCCGGCCACUAGGGCCAUGCCUGGCCGCCCCACGGAUAGCCAGCGCAAAGCGCUGCUGAAUUCUCUCGUCCCUGUGGUCCAGAGUGAGGAAAGGCACUUCCCACCCAACGGUCCCCAAGGAAACUUGAAUCGUGCUGCAGUGGGGCUCCCCGUCCACAUCCAGCCCCGCCUGAGCUCUGGGACGAACUCGAGUCCUUGCACGCCCGCCAUGCAGAGGGCCGCUAUCUCCCAGAAUGCCAACUUACGCUCCAGCCGAGAAGCCUCACACAGUAGUUCCAUGUCGGACAUGGUGACCACACCUGUGUCCCCAGGCCUGGAUGAUGUCUUCUGGGACUUUCCCACUUCAGAAGAGCGCCCCCCGAAGGUCCCGGAGCGCACCACAUCCAAACUGUAUUGUAAGGAGCUGCUGGGUCAUCACAGGACCGCCUCCAGUGGGUUUUCUCCUCCUCCGCCAGACAGGGGCAUGAAGUCGACACACAGCAGCUCCACCAACAGCCCCCAGUCAGGCUUCUCCAGGACAGACAGCCCCCUCCUGCAUGCCCGACUCCAGCAGUACCAGAAGAGCCAGGACGGCCCAAAUGGGGGCCAAGGGCAGCUCCAGGGGUUGCCAUCCUGCCCCAAGGCCAGUGUGAGCCCAUUCACCAAGGCCACAGCAUAUUCAUCCUCCAGCGAUGAGGUGGGGAGCAGCGAUGAGGACGAGGCAUCCCGGCCCAGGCAAAUUAAUGGGAAGAGGAGGUUUGCCCCUGAUGGGGUCAUCUUGCAGCCCCACUGCAACCUGAACCAACAGCAGUAUCGCCCCCUGCAGGUGCACCACCUGCAGAGGCCUUUGGGAGUGGAGUGCAACCAGAACUACCUCCUCCCCGACCUCCUGCAGAAGAGCCCCACCCCCGAAACAGGCGGGCGGUUCCCCCCGGAUGCCCUGCAGUCUCCCCCCAGCCGCAUACCUGGGAGUGGCCUGCAGGGGAAGAGCACCUCCUCCUCUUCUUCCUGCUCAUCCUUCACCCCCUUCAUUGACCCCCGGCUCAUGCAGAUCUCCCCCCCGCAGAGUCCAGUGGGCCAUAGUCCCACGAGCGGUAAAGCCGAGCCCUUCCGGAGGGAGAACCACAGGAAAGGCUCCGUGGUGAAUGUGAACCCCACCAACAUCCGGCCGCAGAGCGACACACCAGAGAUCCGCAAGUACAAGAAGAAGUUCAACGCAGAGAUCCUGUGUGCAGGCCUCUGGGGCGUGAAUCUGCUGGUGGGCACCGAGAACGGCUUGUGGCUGCUGGACCGCAGCGGUCAGGGGAAGGUCUACUCUCUCAUCACCCGCAGACGCUUCCAGCAGAUGGACGUCCUGGAGGGCCUCAACGUGCUCAUAACCAUCUCCGGUAAGAAGAACAAGCUGCGACUCUACUACCUGUCAUGGCUCCGAAACAAGAUCUUGCGCAACGACCCCGAGGUGGAGAAGCGGCAGGGAUGGACAUCUGUGGGGGACCUGGAGGGCUGUGUGCACUACAAAGUGGUGCGGUACGAGAAGAUCAAGUUCCUGGUGAUCGCCUUGAAGAAUGCCGUGGAGGUCUACGCUUGGGCCCCCAAACCGUACCACAAGUUCAUGGCAUUUAAGUCCUUCACCGGGUUGCCGCAGAAGCCGCUCUCGGUGGACCUCACCGUGGAGGACGGCCAGCGGCUAAAGGUCAUUUAUGGCUCCGUGUCCGGCUUUCACGCCAUCGACGUCGACUCGGGAACGCCCUACGACCUGUACCUGCCCACACACAUCCAAGGCGUCAUCCGUCCCCACGCCAUCAUCGUGCUGCCGAACAGCAAUGGCAUGGAGGUGCUUGUCUGCUACGAGGAUGAGGGGGUCUACAUUGACACCUACGGCCGCAUCACCAAGGAGACGGUGCUGCAGUGGGGCGAGAUGCCCACCUCCGUCGCGUACCUGCAGUCCAACCAAGUGAUGGGCUGGGGGGAUAAAGCCAUUGAGCUGCGGUCCGCCAACACAGGCAACCUGGAGGGGGUCUUCAUGCACAAGAAGGCUCAAAGACUCAAGUUCCUGUGUGAGAGGAAUGACAAAGUCUUUUUUGCCUCUGUUCAGUCGGGUGGCAGCAGCCAGAUCUAUUUCAUGACGCUGGGCCACAACUCCCUGUUCAGCUGGUGAUGCUGCAAUCUUGACUGGAGACGUCCUGCCCCAGCGAGCUGUACGCCCAGUCGGCUCACCCUCCGCCCGCUGGCACCUGUCAACCAUUCCCAAAGCCUCACUGCAGGAUCACAUGGAUUUUUGAGAAGCACAAGCAUAUCUGACCUUAUGUAUAAUGCCUAGCAUUUCCAGGAUGUAGAGAUGAGUCAGUCCAAUUUAGGGGGGGGGGGGGGGAACUUGAUUGUGUUGUCAAUGGCAACUGUUAGCAAUUUUACUGUAAGUGCAUAGGUUCAAUAACAUUCAGUAUUAUUUUGCAGCCAUUGGCUUCUUCAGUUGUGCAAUACGUAUAGUAUAGUAUUUUCAGCUAGAUAUAUACCUCAGAACAUCUAGUUAGUUGGCUAAUUGAAGCAGAAAAAAUAAUUUGUGUAAAUGCAGAACGGAUGGGCUGUGAAAAUGGGAUGGAAGGACACCAAUAGACAGAACUGUCCAAAACCUUACGUACACAACUGAACAACUGUCACGCAUCUUUUCUAGCAGAACCUGAAUGAUGAGAAAAGAUCAAUAUCUGGACAGUUAAUUUACCAUAAAUUAAUUACAGAAUAAUUCACAGUUUCAUCCAUUCAUCUUGUAGCAUUUCAUGUUGUUCGGUUGCAUUAUAGGAGUGCCGCGUGGACUCGCAGCCCACAUCCGUACACCCACAGGUGAAAGCUUCUUAUUGACUGACGCUGACGAAGCCGAGGUGCUCUUUGGCUGACGCUGAGGUGGAAUUGUGGGAAGGCCUUCUGAGCCUGUGAACAGUGUCACACAUUCCAGUUAGAACUUGAAAUGUUCCAUACCAUCACGUUACCGCGCUCAUUUACUCAAAUGAGAAGGGUUAUUUAUGUUGAUGAUCUCUGCGUUUCCCAGAGUUCCUCUCCACCUCUGACCAGUAACCUGUUAAGCUGCAGGUCUCUGUCAGUCAUGUGUGAGCACAGCCUCUUAUUCCGUACAUCCGUGACCCCCCGGUGCCCGCUUUGUGGAAAAUCCUGCUCUGAAACGCGUUGCGUCUGCCAGAGAUGGUCCCGUGGUGAGGUCAGCACACUCCUGCACACAGCAGCGAGCGAGAAAAGCAACAUUUGUUCUCGCUGACUCUCACCUGCUGCAGUAGGUCUCUUUGUACAUUGAUGGAUGUACAUAUUAUUUGCACUGUUUCAUAGAUAUUUUGCAUCUGGUCAUCUGCGUGUACAGUAAAGGGGAUUUUUUUUCCUGCCCUAUUAUAUAUUUAAUCCUUUGCACUAUCUUAGUUCAGUGUAAAACAUCUGAAAGAAAUGCUUUUAAAACUGAUGCUCCUUUACACCUAUUCAGUAUUAUGAGAAAUGGUUGAAAUAUUUAGAGGAAUAUUGGAGAAGGAAGCAAUUCCACGGAGGACUUGUUCCAGACACUGAGCUCAUCUUGCUGAGAGAUGCGACCCAGUAUCUCUAACAGUAGGAGACUCGGAGACAGUUCAGCUCGACUUUAAUACACCAGACGUGUUAUGUAAUAUGACCGUGGAACAAACUUGUCAUGAGUUUGUAUGAAUCGUAUUCCACGGCCGCAGCCGGAAACGAUGAGUAGUACACGUUUCUUAGGGGGGGAAAGUGCAAUGAGCCACUGAUGUGUAGGAGCCUGUCUGGGACAAUACCGCAUUUGGGUUUGAAUUAAAAUGUGAAUCCGCACAUGU